UUGUGCUCCAAUGAAUAGCGAGGAAUAUGAUGUCAACAAAUAUGGGACCAAAAUUUUCAAGCGCUCAAAUUCUGUAUAUUUCAAUGUACCUGUGGGGGAGCAACUCCACGAAGUGACGGCAACUGAUUAUUUCAUCCAUUUUGGUGUGCAGGCUUUCAAUUGUGAAGUGAAAAAGGAUGGAACUGAAGAAUCGCAACGUUAUGUGAAAAUUGUGAACUCAAUGUCCAGCAUCGAGGACAAUAUUCGUGAGAUAAAAUACCACAGCGGGGUUUCAGUGUCAAUUGAAAAAUGUGGAGGUCGAAAAUGUAUCCAAGUUACCGAGACCAAAUGUAUGGCAGAGCAAGGAGAAGAUCUUGUUCAGUUCAAAUGUGACUAUGCUACUGGAAGACUAUACAGGCCUUCAAUCAUUAUUCCAAAUAUGAAGGAUAAACAUCUUAACCGGAGGGAGAGAACAAUUGCUGGAUAUCUGUUUAAGAGUGAGGAAGAGGGAAAUGUGACCAUAUCUGAGGAGGGGGAAUCGUUCAGGAUAGGCAUCAAUGAGAAUCCUUCUGGAUUUGAUCCAACAACUCCUCCUCAACCAUCGUCUAGACUUAUUAAUGUCGAGUGUCAACCGCCAAUUAUAAACCCAACUAUAUUUCAUCCUGAGUGUUAUCAAAAAGUUAAGAAUGAAGGGAAUAACUUAUUCAAAGAUGUUCUUUUGAAUGAUGAACAAUUUCGGAAAUCAUUCACAGUUGUUGAUGAAACGGUUCAAAUCUGUCAGGAGAGGAAUACGUAUGGGCGAGUCUUCUAUCUUGUGCGAAUGACUGUAAUUGGCAAAACAAAAGUCAAUCGAAUCAUGUAUGGUUCAGGAAUCACCGAGCUAUAUUCCAUCAAUUUUGAUGCCGGAGCAGCCACUGUCCAAUACACGGACGAGAGAAUCUAUGAUGCAAUCACACGUACAAUAGUAUAUGAUGUUUAUUACAAGAAUGCGUUUCUUAUUGACAAGAAAACAAAAAUCUCCACACCUAAUUCAGCGCCAGCUGCUCACACACCUUCAGAUGCCGAAGCCACAUCUCGAUCCCUUGAUGUGGACUACAAGCUAUGGCCUGAAGGAAUCUACUCAACGUUCAUCAGUGGAGAUGGGUAUAGUCUCCUAGUGGGCUCAAAACCCAAAUUAGAUAUUGACUUCGGGACUGCAAGUUGCAAAAAAGUGGAUUAUUUGAGUGAUCAUUACAAAACUGAACUGAAAAUAAUUGCUGAAAACGGUGGAGAAUCCUAUGCUCACUUAACAGAGAAUAUAGAUAAUUGGUCCAGGAUCAUCCAACAACAAUCUUGGAGAUGUGAAUAUAAAGAUAGAACAGAAAGGAGAAGCUAUUUCAUAAGAGUGGUCAAUCACCUGGAGAUUUUAGAACCAGUCCACAUGCUGCAGUCUUAUGAUGGUGUUGAGAUUCUGAGGAGACCAUCUGCAGAGAAAUAUAUACUGGAAAUUUUUGAAUUGAAAUACCUUUUGGAAAAUCCAGAUAACCCAGAGGAUCAUUUAACUCCAAUAAGGGCCAGUGGUGAUAUCAGUUUUGCCGCUGAUGAUAGGCCUAGUGACACUGACACCGCUUAUGCGAUGGGCCGAGGUUUCAAUGCAAUUAGUAAGAGUGAAGUUCAUCCACGUUUCAUCAGCCAGAUACCGAAAAGAGCCCAUAACAGAAAUGAUUACUACAGAGCAGACACCUUCGAAGAUCACACGACUUUAUGGAUAGAAGGAGGAAGUCCCCUACAAAUGAGAUUCACCACAAAAUUAAUGAAACAGGAUGAAAUAGUAAUGGGAAGUGGAAUAAAAGUAAAAAGCCAUUCACAGGCCUAUUUGUGUGCAAGCUUGGCAAAAUGAAUUGGAUGGUUAAGCAAAUACCAUAUUUUGAAAUAAUACGUUUUGGAAUGAAUGCUGGGAAUAAUAAUGAUACACAGGCAUUAAAUGACGAAUAUUUUGGAAACUUUACACAAGAAUACUGGACUUGCCUCAAAACUGGAGACGAAACACCCAAGUACUCUAGAAUAACAACGAAGAGUCGUGUCAUAGUUAAAUGUGAUGCACAUACACUCAAAUCAAUCCAGUUUACAUUUGUGGAUGAUGUAAGGCUUGAGUUGCUGGAAAGUACUGGUGCAAGUGACAAUUCUAAAUAUGACAUCACAUAUGAAGGAGUUAGGUAUUAUAGGAAUGAUGGAGGAGAUGACCAAAGACAAAUAAUCAAUAUUGAUUUUGGUGGAUACUUCAUACUUGAAUCAACACCAAGUGGACAAGUUUGGACAAGUGGAACCAUAAAUCUCAAAAAACCACCUUCUUCAUCAAAAGUGACUGUGCACGUGGAUGAGACACAACAAGUGUACUAUUCUGAUGGUAAUAGAGGAAGAGAGUAUAGGUUCCAUUUGCCUGGAGAUCAGACAUCCAAAGAGUGGCAAGAGAAGAGGAUGAUGAGAAUUGGUGAGAUCAACAAAGUACAGCAGAAAAUAAGACUUCCUCCAGGGACACCAUCAUUGCAAUGUUAUGAGAAUACAACAAUUGCCGGGACGGCUGACAGUGAUAUACGGCUGCAAAUGCUAGUCCAGACAUUCAACUAUUCUUCUCAAGGCAAUGCUGCUGGAUUUCAUCAACAAUAUUAUGCUGCAAACACGAGAGUAUGGAAAUGCAUUAGCACUGCUGGCCAGAUUGAGAUUUUACGAGUUAUGAAUAAUUUCGUAGUCAAAGCAGCCGAAGUUGAGAAGAUAAGAACUAUUCUAUAUUCUGAUGGAGUUGCUAUUUUUAGUGAUUUGAGAAAUGUGGGAAUAUUAGAAAUAGCUGAAGUGAAAUUUCUCAAUGCCGAGGAUUACUCAAGAUUGAAAUAUGACGGUGCACUUGAAUUUGAAUCAUCAUCUGAAAAUGUUGGUCUACAUUCAAUCGAGCUGCAUUACCCGAAGAUUCAAGAUGUCAAUUAUAUUUUGAAUGACAAUGAGUUCUUCAAAACCACCUUCCCUGCAGUACUGGGAGAUACUCUGGAAAUAAGAGAGCCUCAUCCCGGGAUGAAGUCGGAUGAAGACAAAAAAGGCACAAGAUUUCAAGAGACGAUCAGGUGUGAUGAAUUUGUGGGAGAGAGCUUUUUUUCGGAAGAAGUAAGAAAUAACGUGAUAAAACCAAAAGUCAUUUUAUUACAACAAAAAGCGAAAAAGAAAGAGAUUCCUCCCUCUAUAAUAACAGAUUUGCCAAUGUACUUUGAUGACAUCAAGAAAACAAUACGGAGAUGUGAAGAAGAGGGAACAUCAAGUACUAAACUGUAUAGAGUACAGACCCAGAUGAAAUUGAAAACAAAAAUAAGAAUACGUCAUAUCUUUCACCAAAAUGGAGUCAAGAUUCAUGAGGAUUACAAUGGAAGACAUAUGAUUGAAAUUACCUCAUAUUUUGAGAAAAAAACUAUUGAACACCAAUCAGCCUUUGUACCAGUUCAAUUUGAGGGUCUUGUGAUUCUUCCAUUGCUAGGUCUACAGGAGAAAUUCAAGAAUGAUGCUAAAAAUCCUCAAAACCAUCUUGAUAAACCAAUUCUACAGUUUUCUGCUCUCAGUAGGGAGGAAGGAGUAACUUAUUUAGUUCAAUCAGAGUUCCAUUCUACAAUUGAUAACAGUGAAGGUGGAAUUGUAGCAUGUCUGAAGUAUGAGGACAAGAAUACGGCACAGGCAGACUAUAUGCAGACAAAGAUUCUAGUUAAUGAGAACAGUAAUAAACAAAAACCAAAAAAAACAUGGAAUGAGGUGGAUCGCAGAAACACUGACCACAUCCUUUAUGAGUCAUAUGAGGCGUGGUCCUGCAAGUACCAGGAAGAUGACUUUACCAGAGUUGUGAAUAAAAUGCUUGUGAAAGACACCGCUCGUGUAUAUUAUCCAGAUGGAGUUGAAGUACAAAGAUUAAUUCUCCUCAAUGGUGAAACUUAUAUACAAAUAAAGCAUGUAAGAUUCUUCAAAAGUGAACAGGGAAAAAUUCAUGCAAUUAAGUUCAUUGGAAGGCUGCAUCUAGAAAUACCAAGUCUACCAGGGCUAGAGAAGAUGCUUAGCUCUCCACCUUUCAACAUUCAAGUGAUUGGAAAACAAGACGAAGAGAAAGAACCCUCUCCAUACCGACCAAGAUACAUUUUUACAUGGGACAGUAUGAGGUAUGCUGCAUUCAAGGAUUUGGGAAAAAGAUCAGAUGGAAUCAAUCAGUCUCCUCCCAUAAGAUUUAGCAGUCAUAUGGACUCUUUGCAGACAAAAUUUUUGAAUGCAAGAUCGAGCAGAAUAUUCCAGCUGGGACGAUUCUGGAAUGAAAAGUUAAACUCAGAAGGAACUGUUACUAUGAAGUGCUUUGUAUACUUAACUGCAAAUUUGAGAGCUAUGAAAUACACAAUCUCCCCAGAAGAUGCCAAAAUAAAGUAUAAUCCAAGAGUUGCAGAGUACAUAGACCAGACGCUCUACACAUUCACUCAAGAUGAGUUUGAUGAGAUAUUCACAAUCACAGGAGUGCGCACUUGGUAUUGCACUGACAAAACUGAUGAAUUCCUGAAAGUGCAGACAUUUUAUAACACCACCACGAUUCCGUUUGCUGUGAGAUACACUGAUGGUGUAGAGGUCAAGCUUGAAAAUGAGAACCUCAAAAUAACAGAAACUGUCUACAUCAACAUGAUGAAUUCUAGAGUUUACAAUCGUCAACAGAAUAGACGCAAAGAGGGAGAUCUCAUGGAGUUCGUAAUUUAUCCGUCCCAAAACAAACAGAGAGCACAAACAGCACAAACAGGAAAAGGAAAAGGAAAUAAUAUUAAGGAGCGCACACCCACAUGUUGUGGUUAGUGUAAUAGUCACGUCAAAAAACUUGUAGAACACUGAAAAGCUGGAAAAUAAAAAUGAGUUAGUUAUUAACUAGAAAUUUAAAGAUCCAUAUUAUUAAUUCUAUUGCAGAAUUGGCGAAUAUAAGGGGGGCCCUGGGGGGCUGGGUUCACCCCGAAAUAAUCAAUAUGAAGAAAAAUAAGUAUAGUAAUCUGUUUUUAAUUCUUUUAGUAUGGAUAAGUGACAUUUAACAGAUGUGACAUUGUUGAAAUAUUGACCAAGGUUUGAAAAAUAUUAACUGAGAUCUUUCCACAACUUGGUUUGUUUAGGAAUAUAUUUUUCUUUGUCACCUAUAAAUUUGGGAGAAAAAUAGCACAAAGACUACCUUAUCAUUUUAUCUAUCAAUGUUAUUACUUCAGUGUCAUUUUUAUUGUAAUAAUAGAUAAAUAAAUGUUCUGUCAUGAUUUAAUGUGAAGAAGCGUGAUCUCGGUAGGGUAACAUGAUAAAGUAAUUACCUAAUAGGUGAUUUAUUAGGCAUUCAGUGCAAAUCGCCCUCUGAAAAUGAGCAGUAAAACUUAUAUGGAAGAAAAAUAGCACAAGGGCUACCUUACUAUUUUAUCUACCAAUGUUAUUACAUUAGUGUCAUUUACAUGGUAUCAUGGGGUGUUUACUUUACCUUACUAUUUUAUCUACCAAUGUUAUUACAUUAGUGUCAUUUACAUGGUAUCAUGGGGUGUUUACUCAAAAUCACUUGACCUUACAUCAACCUUGGCCCUCCACUCCCAAAAAAUAUAAUUCUAUAUUCGCCACUGUGUGUUUGCAGGCUAGGCAAAUAUUUCUAAUUUAUUUAGCUCUAUUUUUCUUAGAACUAUAAGUUUAUCAUAAUUAUAUCUUGAUGAGUUGAAGAAUGACUUUGGUUUUGUAACAACGUAGUGUCAUUCACAUGGUAUCAUGGGUGUUUACUUAAAAUCACUUGACCCUACAUUAACCUUGGCCCCCCACUCCCAAAAAAUAUAAUUCUAUAUUCGCCACUGUGUUUGUAGGCUAGACAAAUAUUUUUAAUUUAUUUAGCUCUAUUUUUUUAGAACUCUAAGUUUAUCAUUAUUAUAUCUUGAUGAGUUGAAGAAUGACUUUGGUUUUGUAACAACGUAUCUAUCAGAAUUUAGUAAUAGUGUUGUGAGACAUAUCUGUUUGUUUUAAAUCUCCCCAAUGAGAUUGAAGUUCCACUCAAUAGGGGUAUUCACAAUGUCAAUGAGAUAGCUGGCUAAGUCGAGCUAUUCGCUAUCUCCAGCUAUUUGCUAAGUCUGUGUUAACUCAAUGCUAUAGUGGUACGUUAGAAAAAAAAUAACAGACGAGGUGGCAGAUAGCGCAGGUUUGAGUCUGUUAACUCUAGCUAUCUCUGUUGAAGCAGCAGCCAUAUGUUUAUGAUCUUACUUUUUCAAACAAGCUUUAAGUUACAUAAAUUAUCCGCUUGGAUCGCUACUGCAGUUAGCUAAUACUGUAGCAGAUGGUUUUAGAUGGGGCGUUCACAAUCCAGAGUUAUCAAAUAGCACUUUAGCUGGCUAAAACAACAUUGUAAUUCCCCUAACGAAUGAAUAGAUGUAUAGAAUGAAUUGAUUUGAUUUGCUACGUUGUUUUUUUUGGAAAUAAAGAAUUGAACUGAAUUAAUCAACAGAAUUUAGCUUCUGUGACAUCCAUCUAUUGAUUCAACCGUAACAGAAUCGAUUAAAAAUGAAUAUUCAUCUAUACAGAUUAUGGUAGUUUUCCUUGAAAAACACAAUUUCUAAUUUUUCUGGCUUCAAACUAUGUUAAAUUACGCAUACAUUGAUCAAUACAUUGAUUAUUAGCUGUGCUAAUACUGAAGUUGUGUCUCUUUUCUGGAUCGAAAUUUUAAAGAAUUACUCCAAAAUUUCCAAUUUGUAGAAAUUUGAGUGGAAUAUUUUUGUUUUUAAAUAUAAAAAUUUAAAAUUUUUAGUUUGGUCAUUAGUUUUGAAGUGGAAAUUGGACAUUUUGAAGUGAAAAGUGAAAUAUAACCUCAUUCUUUUUUGAAACUUCUAUUUGUAGAAAUUUGGGAGAAAACAGAUUUGGGCUAUGCCUGUUGUCUUCUCCCAAUCAUAUUUAAUAGUUAUGAUUCGUGAUUGCCAAUGAAAUAAAUACAUAUCAAUGAGGAUUGGAGUGAUACAUUUUUGUUUUUCUAUUCAGUUUUUCAACCACCAAUGUUCAAAAUUCUUGUUUGCCGUUGUUCUCGAGUGAAAAUGGACUAAAUUCCAGAGAA